CUUCAUGUAGACCCUCUGUAAAAAAUUUGGUUUCGAUGUUGAAACAGGUUACCAAAAUAUGGGAACGCACGAAAAUCAUGAUAGUUUGCGCUUAUUCAACUAAUACGGAGCAAUUUUGACAACCACCUCUGUAAAACAAGCCGUUUAAGGUCGUUGUGACGAAAACGCGGGCGGGUGGGUGGCUCUGGAAGCACAUCUGUUAUAGUAACGUUAUUGGAAACUAAAUACGCCCACACACUUCGCUACAUUUUUUUGGUCAGGCUUUAUUCUCACGGGACUGAACUUAAAAAUUGAAAUGUAUGCGUUAUUAGGUCGAUCACCUUCCCUUAUUUCAAAAACCAUCCGAUUGAGUAGAAUAUUCAGCACAAGUUGUAAACUGACCUCCAAUGUGUACUAUACCAAAAAACACGAGUGGAUCAAGGUCAGUGGUGAUGUCGGGAUUGUAGGAAUUUCUAAAUAUGCUGAACAGAAACUGGGUGAUAUAGUGUACGUUGAGUUACCUACUAUUGGAGACAAGAUCAAGGUUAAUGACCAAUGUGCCGUUGUCGAAUCAGUCAAAGCUGUUAGCGAAGUAUACUCUCCAGUGUCAGGUACCAUAAUUGAAGUCAAUCCAGAUGUUGAAAAAAAUACAAAAAUAAUCAAUCAGUCCCCUUUAGAUGAAGGCUGGCUUUUCAAGCUUCGACUUUCAGACUUAUCACAAAUCAAGGACCUUUUAUCUGAAGGAAAUUAUGAUGAAUUUUUGACCUCUGAAUCUUGAUGCUGUAACAUAUUCUUCAGUUCGUUUCUUUAGGCAUUACAAACCUCCACCGUUCUUAUUUUGAACAAUUAAACGUUAUUUAGCGUAUGAUUGGGUUGCUAAGUUCUUCGAGACCACCUCAGCACAUUUUAAUCUUAGUUUUAUAUAUUUUUACUUGUGAAUAGCUUCUAUUUAUAGGACAUAAACGUCUGAGUACAUAAUGGCAGAGUCAUAAUAUUUGUAGGAAGAGGAAAGAAUCGUACAGCCUGUAAAUAAACAGACACCCAUGAAAUUUCAUUAAAGGUAAAGUUCGGUAGAAAUACAGUCUAGAAAGUUCUCCAAUUAAGGAAACCCAUCUCACUUUUAUGAACAAUGUAGCUAGAAACUACAGUGUGAUUCUUGGCCCGUGUAUAAUGUCUCAACAUACUUAGUUGCAGCAUCUCCAGGACCCCAACUAAGCAAUCUUAAUGGACCUACAGGUCUCACUCCUAUUCGCCUAUAUUGCAUAUCAUGACGCCAUGUCAUAAGCUGACCACAUUUCCGCUUCCUCGAUUUAGUCGCUGCGUCAGCAAGUAACGUGCGGUGUGAAAGGUAUCAGAAUAACAUUAGGAAAAAAAACUCGAAGUCAGUGUUUCAAGAUAGUGAUACUGAAGGUACUAUAGAUGUUUAAACACACUCCCAAACCUCAGCAUUUUUAGCCUUGUGUUCUCACCGUAUGUAAGCAAUCCCUCGUAAACAGUGUUAACCAAACUCAGAGAAUCUCCCAAUAUUCCAAGGUCAAAAAUUCCAGAAUUCAUGAGCACAGACAAACUUCGCUCGCCGGUGUGUUAUCAAACUUUGAUACCCAAUCUUAUAUCAUUACUACGCCAAAGAGGAUGCAGAUGGACAUAAGCCACCGAUCUAAGAUUCACUUGUCAAGGACUUUCCAAAUUGUUAUUUUUUUCGAAUGUAAACCCUGUUACUAUCCCGAUAAUCUUCCGUUGUCAGGAUGAAGAAGCACGUUGGAUAUUCAAAGCCUGGAAUUCGGGACUGCCUGUCACGAAUAUCGUCAUGAAAAGAUGUCUCAGUAUCAGAGCCGCGCUAAGUUGUUUGUGAGUAUACGUUUCUCUUCUUGUAUGCAGCAAGUCUCUGCAUUGGGUUGCAAGGUGACAACUGUCUUCGUU